AUGAGUCAUUUCGCCCCACUGUCUUCAAAUCGUUGGCAUUUUCUUCUCUUUCAGUUUUCUUUUUUUUUACGCUUUUAUUUUGCUUUUCUUUCUUUGGUUCAUCUUUCUCUAUUUCGUUUCUUUCUUUUUUCUCAGUUUCGUUUCUUUCUUUUUUUCCUCCACUUCAUUUUUAUCUUUUGUUCUCCCUUUCGUUUGUUUAUUUUUCCCCCACUUCGUUUCUUUCUUUUUGAUCUGCUUCAUUUGUUUCUUUUUUUCCCAUUUCCUUUGUUUCUAUUUUUCUCCGUUUCGUUUGUUUCUUUUUUCCACCACUUCGUUUGUUUCUUUUUUUUUUCUCCACUUCGUUUAUGUCUUUCUUUCUCCAUUUCGUUUUUAUUCUUUUUUCUCCACUUCGUUUCUUUCUUUUUGAUCUGCUCCAUUUGUUUCUUUUUUUCCCAUUUCCUUUGUUUCUAUUUUUCUCCGUUUCGUUUGUUUCUUUUUUUUUCCACUUCGUUUGUUUCUUUUUUUUUCCACUUCGUUUGUUUCUUUUUUUUCCACUUCGUUUGUUUCUUUUUUUUCCACUUCGUUUGUUUCUUUUUUUUUCCACUUCGUUUGUUUCUUUUUUUUCUCCAUUUCGUUUGUUUCUUUUUUUUCUCCAUUUCGUUUGUUUCUAUUUUUCCAUUUCGUUUGUUACUUUUUUCUCCACUUUAUUUUUUCUUUCGUUCUCAAUUUCGUUUGUUUCUUUUUUCCCCCCACUUCGUUUGUUUCUUUUUUCUUCACUUCUUUUGUUUCUUUUAUCCUUCUUUUCUGUUAUUCACUACUUCAUUGUUUCAUUGUAUCCUUUUUCGUUUUAUCUUCUCUUCAUUUCCUUUUACUCAAGUUUUUUCAUAUAUUAUUUUAUUAUUUUAUUCUCCUCGUUUCUUUCUUUUUCAUUUUUCUUUGUUUUUUCUCUUCGUUUGCUUCUUCUUUCGUUUGUUUUCUUUUUCUUUCACUCUCUUGCUUAUAUAUUUUUUCACUUUCAUUGUUUAUUCACUUGUCACCACAAUUUCUUUCUUUUAUUCUCUUGGAUUCUUUCAUUCUUCCUUUUUAAGUUUCUUCCUCGUUCUGGGUUUAUUAUCAUUUUUGAUCUGCAUUUCUUUGCUUCUUUUUUUUCCUUUAUUCUCAUUUGUUUCUUUCUUCGUGUUUGAUUUCUUUUUUUAUUUUCUUGUUUUAUUUUUUAUCUUUUAUUUUGUCUUUCAUCCUUUCAUUUUGUUUUCAUUAUGGAGCUAG